GUGAUGACUAGCGAGGUGGAGAUUGGAGUGUGGGUGGAGGGCGUGCAGAAGUGGGUGACGGGGGUGACGCGCCGCACCACCUGCCACGACAUCAUCAAGGCGCUCCUCAGAGCCCAGCACAAUGGCCGCGCCGACGACAGUGACGUCAUCCAGUACGUCAUCGUGGAACGCUGGCGGAAAGUUGAGAGACCACUUGACCACGAACAGCGGAUACUUAAGGUGUGGCGGACGUGGGGCGAGGCAGUGGGCGAGGUGCGGUUCUCCCUGCGGCGAGUACGAGACGGGGAGAACGGUGGAGUCAACAACAACAGCAGCGGGCGUCCUGAACGUAGCAGAAGACGCCAGAAAUGGAAGCACGCCCACGGGUCCAAAGAGACACUCCACCCGAAGAAGCUUGCCAGAGAAGACCCCAAGUUCAGUGAGACGAUGGAGAGGUUGAUGCGGCUGGUGGUGGCUCAAGGGGAGACUAUCCAGGCACAGCUGCGGCGCCUUCAAGAGAGGGAACACCAGAUAGAACAGUACGAGCAGCAGAUGCAUCUACUCCGUGUUCAGAACCUUGGCACUGACUACCUUCUCCACUCUUACCUCAAGGACGACCAGUGUGAGGCCAAGGACGAACCCAGUAGUGAAGAAAAGAGUAAUGAUUCUGGUGUGGUGACAGAGGAGGUGGUGGAGGCAACCCUUGGCCAAAGUCUUGAAGGAGUCACAGCAGAGGAGGAGGCAGCGACAGCUGCGGGCCUGGAGGAAAUUGAGGAAUUUGCAUCCAUUUUGGCAAGGAUGGAAGAGAUUAACACUCGGCUGUUACAUGAGGAGGAGGCUUUUGCAGGCAUGUCUACAGCUGUCACCGCAGCAUACGAGCAACACAAGGACGAGGCAGAGCUACUUCAGGAAGAACUGUUGUGUGUCACCCACGUCCACGCCCAGCUGGUGGCAGAUGUGCGGCAAAACGAACAGACUCUCCGAGAUACUGAGGUCAUCUUGUGGGAACAGCGGAAACAACUCGAGAUGCUGCUCAAAGAAGAGACAGAGUCCGACUUGGAGACUCGUGCAUUAAAAAAGCACCUCGACUACAUUAUCCAUCUUCCUCCCUCUGCCUUUCAGCUCCCAGCUGAUGAGAUCAGUGAUCCCCAGGUGCCCACAGCAAACACAGUUACCACCAACAGAGUGCCGCUACUAAACAGUUGUGACACUAACACAGAUAUCCUAAAAGUGUCAACCAAACCCAACAAAAAAAUAAUAGUGGAGAACAGUGACAUUCCACCUCCUCUUCCAAUGUGUCCGCCGCCAAUCAUGGAGGAAGAUGAGGAGGAGGACGAUCGAGAUUCAGCCAAAAAUAGCAGUUUGUGUGUCAGUUCACGGUCCAGUACCUCAUCAGAGGCAUCAACCAGCAGUAGCACGAGCGGCAUUAACAGUAAAACACCCAGCAGCUCAGCGCCAAGCAAGACCUCCUCUUCCUCUCCUCCCUCUUCCUCUAAAACAAACGAAACAGGAGGAAAGGAUACAGACUCAACAGACUCUAAUUCAGACACAGGGUUGAGUUCACUUCACAGUAGUAGUGAUGAAGGUGUAUAUGUAUUGGACACUCUCGUCUGAGGAACAAAACCUGUCUAAACUAUUUCAUACAUGUGGGGUGACCAUUAAAGUGCCUGAGAGUGGAACAUACAGUUUAUGCACAUAUUCCCUUCAGUGUUGAAAAAUACAUGGCCAUGAAACAUUUUUCAACAGACAGGGUCUUGAAGUGACAUGUUUGUGUACCAUAAACGUCUCAGUCUUGUGAUCUCAUUGUAGAGGUGUUGAGUGCUGACGGUGUAGUGAACAGUUGGUGGAAAUUGCAGAACUAUACAACCAGUGAACCAAAUAUGUACUCAGUGAAGUCAUUAAUGCUGUGCUCAUACUCUUAUUAAUUGACAAUUAUUGAUAAUUUACUGGAAUAAAUCUGUGCACAGUACUAUAUAAUGUAUAUAGUGAGUAUGUGUGACUGGAUCUAUACUCACCGUGUUUAUACUCAUAUAUCAAAGAUUAUUAUUUUCUUUACUUACUUCCUUGGUGCCUUUGGGAAGAGGGUCACCAUCAGCUCAGUUUUGAAGCUUUAUCAUGAAUUUUAAGGAAUAACUGUGUGAAGAGUAAGGUAACUCUGAGCUUCUUGUGAACACUAUGUCAAGAUUUUCUUCCAUUACAAACACAAAAAUCAAUCACAUUGAAGUGGCUUUAUUCCACUCAAGUGAAGACUAAUCUUACGGAAGAAGGGCAUGUAGGUCAGAAUUACUUGAUUCAUCAUAUUAUUUAUCUUAUUUGUGGAACACUGCCUUGACUUGAUUUUUCUCAUCAAGUAAUGUGUAAGUUCAGUGCUCUGCAGAACUGCUACUUUGCAAACUGCAUGGUGUGGGUUAUCCAUGUUUUCAGGGAUUUUCAGUGAAGCAUAUUAUUAUUCUCCUGACAAGAAAAAGUUAAUCACUUUUUAUUCUCUCUAAUGGAGUUAAAAAUAUUUAUUUUGGCUUUUGUGAUUUAAACUGUAUGAGCCAAUUAAUGAUAGUGUAUACAGGUGGGUAAGUAAUGAUGCUGCAGCACACUUACACCUCAACUCUGCUUAGCGAUAACUAACACACACAGCAAGGAUAAAGCAUUUAUGAACUUAAAACUUCUCUUAUAUCCUCGCAGAACAAGUAAAUCAAUAAAGAAUCAGUUUACAGUUAAAUGUAUUAAGAUUGAAGUUGAAUACAGGGACCAGUAUCAGUGAUUCAACUGUGCAUUAGUCUGCUGCAGCGGUAGUAAAUGUUGCCAGUUUUUAUUGAUCAACUUGAACCACUACGGUAACACUAAUUACAGUUCACAUUAUGCUAGAUAACAUUAUCUUGUGACAGUAGGAGUUAAUUUCAUUGUUAUACAGCAAUUAGACUAUAUUGGCUUCACACACUUUAGUGAUAGAUUUGUCCUGUAAACUUGGAAACACAUUUACUUUAGUGAUAAAUCAAAUAAUGAAUUGGACACAUGCUUCCAACACACGCUCACAGAUGAUAGCUUUAAUGAAGAUCCCUGGAAGGAUUCACUCAGUUCCCAUUGCUUGUACUGUACUGGUUAAUUGUUCUGUAGCUAAAUUUUGUUCCUGUACACAUGGAAGAUCAUAAGUUAGUGUAGAUGUGUUAAUUAAGUAAAUAACAUAAGCUACAUAAAGUAAUAGUAAACAAAGGGGCCAGAUACACCAAGGCUCUGAUAGUAUUUAUAUUGACUUGCUUAUAAAUACUUAGUGUAUAAUUUUUCAACAAACAUACUGUCAUUUUAAUUCUAUUUAUUUUGUCAUUGUGGAACCUUCAUUGUAAUACUGUAGUAAAAAUGUUACUGCAUUUUUCAGCCCCAGAAUUCAGCCAUCAUACUUAUUACCGAGGAGUGGUGUAAUAUAGUUCUUUUCACAAACAUAAUAACUUGAGUACAUUUGAUGGAAACUUGGAAUAGAAGCAAAUCCAAAGAACAUAAUACUAAUAAAUAAAUAUUGCCUAAACUUCAAGAAUCCAUCACACUUUCUGUACUGUAUUGAAGUACAGUACAGGUAUAGUACUGUCCUUAGUUUUUCUGUCUUCAAUAUAUGCAUAUUUAUCUGUACUCGUCUGAGGUACAUUUAGUAUCAAGAACCUCUGAACUGUACUUCAUCAAGCAUUUGUCAUAACUGACUGUCAUAAAUCCACUUGUCGUAAAGUUAUUUAAAAAUACUUAAUGAUUAACAUGGAAAGAAUUACCCUUCUCCCUAACUUACAUUACAUUAUAGGUUAUUUUUCAAGAAAUUGUCAUAAAUCAUUUUUCAUAUACUAUACUGUAUAGUUUUGUGUCAUUUAACAUUCUAGAAUAAAUCAUCCUCUGGUGAUGAACAAUGAUUUAAUUCUUAGCUGUUACAAAUUGUUUCCUUUAUAAUAUUGUUGAGUCCGUCUUCCAACAAGCAUUUGUCUUAUUAAAUUUCACACACUGUACAGUACUGUAUAAUGUAUUUUACUUAAUACAGUGUACCACUGAACUAUAACUGGGUAGUAUUUGUACAGUGUAUUCUUUCGAUUUAAAUACCUGUAAUGUUCUCUUUUAUUUUUUGGUCAUUUUAAGAGAAAACUGUGUCCAUGUUCUCUGUCUCUACCUUUAUAUUAAAUAUUUUGUUCUAUAUUCAAAGCACAACCUUCAGUAGCCACCAUGUCUUCAGAACACAUUUAAUUAUUAAAAAGGAAAAAAAACCAGAAAUGAUCAAAACAACUGACAAAGAAGUUGAGGGAUUUCUGUGACUGACAUAGAUGGAAUUCACCAUUUGCUAACACUAUAAGAAACAAGAAUGCUUGGAAAUUGAAAUAGAGUCUGUCAUGGUCAGUGAGCCAACAUCAAAAAUCAAAAUACUAUAGCAGUAAUGGAGUCUUCAGUGACAAGUAGCAGCAGAAUCAGAAUGAACAUUUGUUUUGUUCAGUAUUACUAGCAGUAUUAUUUAUUCAUCUUUACUGUCUUCUAACAGAUUUAUUUUUUCAUCAUUAUUCACUGUUGUACCUUUCAAAGUAGUGACUUACGUACCAUAGAUAAUAUAAAAAAUAUAAAUUUAUCUUGCUAACAAUCAACAAAAUCACCAUUGUGUUGGAAUAUAGCAUGCUAUUGUAUCCAAGAUUAAGGGGAACGUACUUAAAAGUAAAUACCCGGUAAUAAUAAUACAGUAAUACUUUAGUUACAUUUGUAGAGAGAAAACUUUAAGAUUAUCAUAAUGACAAGUUGGAAGGGUUAGUGUUGUAUACAGUCACUACCUCUUGCUAGCUGUGUUGAUUGGAGUUUAGUGUGGAGGUGAUUAAUUUAUUUUUAUACUGGGUAGUAACUUAAGUUAAUGAAAAUUAAUUUCCCAUGACUAGUUUUUUC